UAUAUUCAACUGAAGUGAUUGAUACCCACCAGCAUUCUCUCUCUCUCUCUCUUUCUCUUCAAAUAUUAAGAGAAGAAGAGAACAAAGAGAAAAGAAGCUUCUCUUCAUCUUCCUCUUCCUCUCCUCAAAUCUCCCUCUCUCUCAAAAAUAAUAGGAAAAAGAGUUUUGAGCCAUGAAAAACAGCAUAAGGUGCUGCAUUUCGUGCAUUCUGCCGUGCGGGGCCCUCGACGUGAUCCGCAUAGUGCACACCAACGGGCACGUGGAGGAAAUCAGCGGCGCGGUGACGGCCGCAGAGAUCAUGAAACUGCACCCCAAACACGUCCUAAAGAAGCCGUCGUCUCCGUCGGCGGCGGACGGCAUGUGCCCCAAAAUAAUCGUAGUUCCACCCGACGCGCAGCUCCAGCGCGGCAAGAUUUACUUCCUCAUGCCCCUCCCGCCGCCGCCGCAGCCCAAGAAGAAGAAGAAGAGCCAAGCUUCUAGAACCAACGGAGCUUCCAAAACCGACGGUAAUACUAAUACUAACUCCGUCACUGACCUACUUGUCUCCGAUCGUUAUUUGAGCGAGAUUUUGUCGGAGAAGGUUUCGUCGCAGAGAGAUCGCCGGCGAGGCCGCGGCCGUGUUUGGAGACCGCAUUUAGAUAGCAUUUCUGAGGGAGGAUCUGAUGCCUAGUAAUUUAUUUUAUUUUCUUUUUUUUAUAUAGUUUUUACUUCGUCAGAUUAUUUACUAGGGUUUCUCAACUCAAUACUAGUAUUGGCUGUAACCCUUAAUUUCUUGUUUUUAUAUUUUGCUACUGUUUUUGUAUGAGCAUUCAAGGAAGAAAAUAAGGUUAAUUAGUUAAAGAAUAAAUUUCAAGAAUUAAA